GCUGUUUUCAUUUCCUCAUGGGAAGAAGAAGCAGAGCAAAGAAGAGAAGCAGACACAAGGCAUUGAACGUCUGUCACCAUGGGGAACUGGAUUGAGAAUGAAGGGCUCUCCAUCUUUGUCGUCCUGGUAUGGCUGGGGAUGAACGUCUUCCUCUUUAUCCGGUUCUACAGGUUUUAUGACAUUGAACCUCAGUACUAUUACACUCGAAAACUUCUUGGGUUUGCGCUGCCAUUGGCCAGGGCCCCUGCAGCCUGCCUGAAUUUCAACUGCAUGCUGAUUCUGCUGCCAGUCUGUCGAAAUCUGCUCUCCUUCCUCAGGGGUUCCAGCGCGUGCUGUUCCACAAGAAUUCGAAGACAACUGGACAGGAACCUCACUUUCCAUAAAAUGGUGGCGUGGAUGAUUGCGCUUCACACUGCGAUUCAUACCAUUGCCCAUCUGUUUAAUGUGGAGUGGUGUGUGAAUGCCCGAGUCAACAAAUCUGAUAGCUAUUCAAUAGCACUCUCUAGACUUGGAGAUAAACCUGGUGAAACUUACCUCAAUUUUGCUCGAGAGGAAAUCCCGAAUCCUGAGGGAGGCUUGUAUGUGGCUGUGACCCGCGUGGCCGGCAUCACUGGUAUCGUGAUCACCCUGUGCCUCAUUCUAAUUAUCACCUCCUCUGCCAAAACCAUCCGGAGGUCUUACUUUGAAGUGUUUUGGUACACGCACCACCUUUUUGUGAUCUUCUUCAUUGGCCUCGCCAUCCAUGGAGCUGAGCGAAUUGUUCGCCAGCAAACCCAAGAGAGUUUAGACAAAGACAACCCUGAAAAGUGUGACAAAGAUCCAUCAGAAUGGGGAAAACCAGGAAAAUGUGCAAUCCCACAGUUCGCUGGAAACCCUCCUAUGACGUGGAAGUGGAUAGUGGGUCCCAUGUUUCUGUAUCUCUGUGAGAGGCUGGUGCGGUUUUGGCGAUCCCAGCAGAAGGUGGUCAUCACCAAGGUGGUCACUCACCCUUUCAAAACCAUUGAGCUACAGAUGAAGAAGAAGGGAUUCAAGAUGGAGGUGGGACAAUACAUUUUCGUCAAGUGCCCCAAGGUGUCCAGGCUGGAGUGGCACCCUUUCACACUGACCUCUGCCCCUGAGGAAGACUUCUUCAGCAUCCAUAUUCGGAUCGUUGGGGACUGGACAGAAGGACUUUUCAAUGCUUGUGGCUGUGAUAAGCAGGAGUUUCAGGAUGCUUGGAAACUACCUAAGAUAGCUGUGGACGGGCCCUUCGGCACAGCCAGUGAAGAUGUGUUCAGUUACGAGGUGGUGAUGUUAGUGGGAGCAGGGAUUGGGGUCACACCCUUUGCGUCCAUUCUCAAGUCUGUCUGGUACAAAUACUGCAACAACGCCACCAAUCUGAGACUCAAAAAGAUAUACUUCUACUGGCUGUGCCGGGACACACACGCCUUUGAGUGGUUUGCGGACUUGCUGCAGCUUCUAGAGACCCAGAUGCAGGAGAGGAACAACGCCGGCUUCCUCAGCUAUAACAUCUAUCUCACGGGCUGGGAUGAGUCUCAGGCCGAUCACUUUGCCGUGCACCAUGACGAGGAGAAAGAUGUGAUCACAGGCCUGAAACAAAAGACCUUGUAUGGACGACCCAACUGGGAUAAUGAAUUCAAGACAAUCGCGAGUCAACACCCAAAUACCAGAAUAGGAGUUUUCCUCUGCGGACCUGAAGCCUUAGCUGAAACCCUCAGUAAACAGUGCAUCUCCAACUCUGAGUCUGGCCCCCGGGGAGUACAUUUCAUUUUCAACAAGGAAAACUUCUAACUGCUGUCUUCCCGUGAGAUCAGUGUGGGUUAUGCCGCCAAGUACCUAACCCAAUAAUGCUAGUUGAUCAUGUAAGUGCCCCCCAACCCUUAAAAAAAGAGAGAAACAAGCUAUAAGGGGAAGGUUUUCCCUGAAAGGAAUGUUAAAGAUUGUUUGAUAGUGAUAAUUCUCAUUUGUAUGGGGCUUUAUGGUUUUCAGAGCACUUUUACAAACUUGAUUUCAUGUUUCACUCAUAAUAAUGCCAGAGAAAGGUAGGGCAAGGGUUCCUGGACUCAGUGUUUAGGAUUAAAAAAAAAAAAUAGGGACUCAAAAUGGGGAAGUAACUUCCCAAAGAUUCUGAAGCGU